AUGGCAAAGAAGAAGUCUAAGAGUAGAUCUAAAAGUUCUAGAAGAGUUUUAGAUGCUUUUCAACUUGCUGAGAGAGAGAUUAAUGGUGAAUUCGAUGAUACCAGCGACAAUGACAAAAGAAAUGAUGCCCGUCGUAAUGGUACUGUUGUCAACUUGUUGAAAAGAUCGAAGGGUGGUGCUGAAAGUGAUGAAGAUGAUAUUGGCACAGAAUCGUUUGAAGAUGAGGAGUUAAACUCGGAUGAAGCUUUGGGCUCUGAUGAUGACUAUGACGUUUUGAACUCUAAAUUCUCACAAACUAUUCGUGAUAAGAAGAAGAAAAACGCAGAUUACGAGGACGAUGAGGACGAAGGUGGGUAUACCUCUAUUGAUGAAGAAGACUUGAUGCCAUUAUCGAAAGUAUGGGACAUGGAUAGCAAAACCGUUCAGAACGGAAAUGAUGAAGAAGACACUUCUCUUCAACUAAAGUUGCAAGAUACAGAUGCCAGUACUGGAUCAAGUAGCUCUGAAGUAAGUGAAUCUGAAUCUGAAUCUGAAGAUGAAGAUGAGGAAGAUCCAUUUGACGAAAUUUCAGAAGAUGAAGAAGAUAUCGAACUAAAUACAAUUACCGCCAAACUGAUCGAUGAAACUAAAAGUAAAGUUCCAAAAAGACUGGAUACUUACGGUACCGGUGAAGCUAACGAGUAUGUUCUGCCUUCUGUAAGUGCAACGAACGCAUCUUCUGGGAAAUUGACUUUGGCAGAUAUGAUGAAUGUUGUUGAUGACAGGCAAGUCAUCGAAAACGCUAAUUUGCUCAAGGGUAAAUCGUCAACGUACGAAGUCCCAUUGCCACAGCGUAUUCAACAAAGACAUGAACGUAAGGCAGCGUAUGAAAUAUCGAAACAAGAGAUAAGUAAAUGGAAUGAUAUUGUCCAACAGAACAGAAGGGCAGAUCACUUAACCUUCCCAUUGAAUAAACCGAUUGAGCACAAUCAUGCCUCGGCUUUCACUAGAACCCAAGAUGUUCCUCAAACAGAAUUGCAGGAGAAGGUAGAUCAAGUUUUACAAGAGAGUAAUUUAGUCGACCCAGAAAAGAACUCGACGUUUGAAGAGUUAGGCACUGCGAAGAUGACACCUGAGGAAAUGAGGAAGAGAACUACCGAGAUGAGAUUGAUGAGAGAGCUGAUGUUUAGAGAAGAAAGAAAAGCUAGAAGACUAAAGAAAAUAAAAUCCAAGACAUACCGUAAGAUCAAAAAGAAAGAAUUAAUGAAGAAUAGAGAACUGGCAGAUAUUUCCAGUGAUGAAGACAAUGAAGAUCAUGAUAUCGCUAGAGCCAAGGAAAGAAUGACCUUGAAACACAAGACUAAUUCUAAGUGGGCCAAAGAUAUGAUAAAACAUGGUAUGACUAAUGACGCUGAAACCAGAGAAGAAAUGGAGGAAAUGCUAAGACAAGGUGAACGUUUAAAAGCAAAAAUGCUGGAUAGGAAUUCCGAUAACGAAAGCGAUGAUCGUGUGUUAACCCUAAGUGAUGUUGAAAAUGAAGAGGAAGAAAAUGCUGACUCUGCGACGUUAAAGAGUAAUUUGGGUAAGACUGGUGUGAUGAACAUGGCCUUCAUGAAGAAUGCAGAAGCCAGAGAGAAAGAGGCAAACGAAGAAACUCUGCGUAAAUUAAGAGCUGUUGAAAACAAUGGUGAUAUCAAACUCUUUGAAAGUGACGAAGAAGUGACAAAUGGAGAAAACAUUCAAUUAAAUAAUGGCAGAAGAAUAUAUACACCGGGUACUUUGGAGUCUAAUAAAGACAUGAGUGAACUAAAUGCACACACCAAAGAAGAACAUGAGAUUGAUGAAUCAAGAAGUCUGGAAAAUCGACUAAAGGUUAAGAAUGGUCGGCAAUCUAAAAAUGUAAAGACUAAUGCAGAAGGUGCAAUGAUUGUAGAGGAAUCAAGUGAUGAAGAAUCCGCUCAGAAAAGUCAGAACACACCGCAAGAUGAUGAAGCAAAGAUCGUUAAUCCUUGGUUGACCAAUGAAAGUGAUGAAGAAAGCAUCGUCAAGAAACAGUCUUCUAAGGUUAGCAUUGUUGAUAAAGAUAGUUCCAAAAAUGCUAAAGCAAUGGACAAAAUGAACAAAGCUGAAAUGAAGCAAAAAUCCAAGAAGAAAAAGGGUAAAUUAAACAAUGAUGAAGAUCUCCUGUUAACAGCGGAUGAUUCAACAAGAUUAAAGAUAGUGGAUUCAUAUGGUGGCUCUGAUGACGAACAAGUAGGUAAUGGUUUCAUAUUCAAGCAGCAAGAUGUCAUUGCUGAAGCCUUUGCUGGUGACGACGUUGUCGCAGAAUUUCAGGAGGAAAAGAAGCGAACCAUUGAUGAUGAAGAUGAUAAAGAAGUUGAUACUACUUUACCUGGUUGGGGUGAAUGGGCUGGUGCAGGUUCUAAACCAAAAAAUAAGAAGCGCAAAUUUAUCAAGAAGGUCAAAGGUGUCGUUAAUAAAGAUAAGAGAAGGGAUAAGAAUCUACGAGAUGUGAUUAUAAAUGAAAAAGUCAAUAAAAAAAACCUGAAAUAUCAAUCCUCCGCGGUGCCGUUCCCAUUCGAAAAUAGAGAACAAUAUGAGAGGUCCUUACGUAUGCCCAUUGGCCAGGAAUGGACAUCGAGAGCAUCUCAUCAAGAGCUCAUAAAACCAAGAAUCAUGACCAAGCCAGGACAAGUCAUUGAUCCACUGAGGGCACCAUUUAAAUAA